AGUCAAUGAAGGUUCUAUGCGACAGGCUGGAUUCUGUGACUUCAUGGAUUUUCGCUACAGGUUGCGGUGCGCUGCGUGUACAACCAUGCGGCGUCUACCCGCCUCAUGAAAGUGCUAUACUCAUACUCGGUGCUCAUCAAGGGCUGGGUAGAAGUGCAGCAUUGCGAUUCUCAGAAUUGGGGUACACCGUCUUUGCCCUCUUCCCGAAUGAAAUGAGGCAGGAGGACGAAGGCAUUUCAGAUGUUGCCGCGCUUCUCUACAUCUGGCAUAACCGCAAAGAACGAUCGCGUACGAUACCAUGGGGAGUCGUGGCGCCCAUGUCAUUGGAUGUUUGGUCAGCUUCGCAGCGGAACCGGGUCCGUGAAACCAUCCAGGCUUUCUGCUCCGAAUACGACCUCCAUCUAGUAUCGCUCAUACUGUGUGGCACACCAGGCGCCACACAGCAAUCAGCAGAUUUCCUUCUGGCUCAUUCGGUACCCGUAGGUAAAUGCGAGGCCGUCGGAUUCUGGUACUGUCCUGCUGUGGUCAAGAUAGACGAUACACAUCCCUUUAGUUCGGCCCUCGAACAGGCUCGCCUCGCGACUGCUCGUAGCCUAGCCAGGAUGCUCCAACCCACAAACAUACGGGUGACCACUCUCAUCGUGGGCUUAUGGGAUCUGUCUCUGGUGAAAUGUGACUCAAGUUCGCAUGAUCGAGAAUUGAGGCAGAUUCAUCGUGUUCAACCCCGCGGACCCAUCCGUUCAUCGGCUUUCUUGGACAAAUUUACCGUCGGUGACAGUGAAGUCCUAUCGGCAUUGCAAGAAAUCGUGUGCGCCAGGCAUCCCAAGUACCUAUAUCUUGUCGGUCUCUAUGCACACUUCUGGUCAUUAAGCACGAUGACUCCUGUAGCAGUGAAUCUGGCGAUGAACUGGCUGAUCAGCGAGAUACUUCAUCUAUGUAUUCGCGCGUAGAAGUGGUGAAAUACUGCACUCACUUUCUAGAUAGUCAGGCCAUCUCCUUUUUAGACGCAUUAUGAUUUCACGGGAAUUGUAUCCUGAUAAAGUCAGAACAUCUACUAGUAAUGGUAGACCCCGUAACUC